AUGAAGAAUAAUCGACCGCCAGUCAGUUAUAAUCGACCGCCAGUCAGUUAUAAUCGACCGCCAGUCAGUUUUGAUCGACCGCCAGUCAGUUAUGAUCGACCGUCAGUCAGUUAUGAUCGACCGCCAGUCAGUUAUAAUCGACCGCCAGUCAGUUAUAAUCGACCGCCAGACAUCAGUUAUAAUCGAUCGCCAGUCAGUUAUGAUCGACCGCCAGUCAGUUAUGAUCGACCGCCAGUCAGUUAUGAUCGACCGCCAGUCAGUUAUAAUCGACCGCCAGUCAGUUAUGAACGACCGCCAGCCAGUUAUGAUCGACCGCCAGUCAGUUUUAAUCGACCGCCAGUCAGUUUUAAUCGACCGCCAGUCAGUUUUAAUCGACCGCCAGUCAAUUUUAAUCGACCGCCAGUCAGUUAUAAUCGACAGCCAGUCAGUUAUAAUCGACCGCCAGUCAGUUAUAAUCGACCGCCAGUCAGUUUUAAUCGACCGCCAGACCAUUAUAAUCGACCGCCAGUCAGUUAUGAUAGACCGCCAGUCAGUUAUGAUCGACCGCCAGUCAGUUAUGAUCGACCGCCAGUCAGUUAUGAUCGACCGCCAGUCAGUUAUAAUCGACCGCCAGUCAGUUAUGAACGACCGCCAGCCAGUUAUGAUCGACCGACAGUCAGUUUUAAUCGACCGCCAGUCAGUUAUAAUCGACAGCCAGUCAGUUAUAAUCGACCGCCAGUCAGUUUUAAUCGACCGCCAGUCAGUUUUAAUCGACCGCCAGUCAGUUAUAAUCGACCGCCAGUCAGUUUUAAUCGACCGCCAAUCAGUUAA